UGGGCCUGCCGACUGCACAUGCAGGAAUCUGAGAGGCUGUUCUGGCCUUGAAAAUGAUCCUUCUUAAAAGGAUUUUCCUCCUUCCUCGAGAGAAAGAAAACCUAUUGAUAUAAAACUUCACUUCUCAUUCAGUUUCCCCUGCUAAAUGCCACUCCAGUAGAGACUGAGUGUUGAUAAAUACAGGGGAAGGAAAAAGUCGUAAGCUGAGCCUGGUCACAUUGCCCCUUGUGAUAUUGUUUUAUUUUUAACUUCGCAACACUUGGACUAUUUCUGUUGAAGUUUUCUCUCCUUUCCCUGCCUUCCCAACAGAACUCUGUCCUCUACUGCAGCUGAUGCAACCCAGCCACCUCCCGGCAAUCCGCUUACUUGCAAUCAAGGGUUCAGGUGCAAGCAGAUGCUGACUCAGCCUGUUCCAUUAAGAGCUAAGAAGCAAGAAGAAAUUGGGGCGCCAUGGGGAAAGCCCGCAGAUCCCCGCCAGGGCACCACAGGCAUUGUGAGGGAUGCUUCAACCGCCACUGCCACAUUCCUGUGGAACCCAACACCUCCUGCCUGGUAAUAAGCUGCCACCUGCUCUGUGGUGCCACCUUCCACAUGUGCAAAGAGGCAGAGCACCAGCUCCUCUGCCCUUUAGAGCAGGUUCCGUGCCUCAACUCCGAAUAUGGCUGCCCUCUAUCCAUGUCCCGCCACAAACUGGCCAAGCACCUGCAGGUGUGCCCCGCCAGCGUGGUCUGCUGCUCCAUGGAGUGGAACCGCUGGCCAAAUGUGGACUCUGAAACCACCCUUCAUGAAAACAUAAUGAAAGAGACCCCCAGUGAGGAGUGUUUGGACACAGCCCUGGCCCUGCAGGAUCAGAAGGUCCUCUUCAGAUCCUUGAAAAUGGUGGAACUUUUCCCAGAAACUAGAGAGGCUACUGAGGAGGAACCAACUAUGAAUGGUGAAACCAGUGUGGAGGAAAUGGGAGGAGCAGUGGGUGGAGUGGAUAUCGGUUUGGUACCACAUGGUCUGUCAGCAACUAAUGGGGAGAUGGCAGAGCUAAGUCAAGAAGAACGGGAGGUGCUAGCCAAAACCAAAGAAGGGAUGGACCUGGUCAAGUUUGGCCAGUGGGAAAAUAUUUUCAGCAAAGAGCACGCAGCCUCUGCUUUAACAAAUUCAUCAGCGAGCUGUGAGAGCAAGAACAAGAAUGACUCCAAGAAAGAACAGAUUUCCAGUGGCCAUAACAUGGUAGAAGGAGAGGGCGCUCCCAAAAAGAAAGAACCACAGGAAAAUCAGAAGCAGCAGGACAUUUGUACAGCCAUGGAAACCACAGGGCUUGCCCCUUGGCAGGAUGGUGUUCUGGAAAGACUGAAAACAGCUGUGGAUGCAAAGGACUAUAACAUGUAUCUAGUGCACAAUGGGCGGAUGCUGAUUCACUUUGGUCAGAUGCCUGCUUGUACACCCAAGGAGAGAGACUUUGUUUAUGGCAAGCUUGAGGCUCAGGAAGUUAAGACUGUUUACACCUUCAAAGUUCCUGUGAGCUACUGUGGAAAGCGAGCUCGACUUGGAGAUGCCAUGUUGAGUUGUAAGCCAAGUGAACACAAGGCAGUGGAUACUUCAGAUUUGGGGAUCACUGUGGAGGACCUGCCCAAAUCAGAUCUCAUCAAGACCACCCUCCAGUGUGCUUUGGAAAGAGAACUCAAAGGCCACGUCAUCUCUGAAUCCAGAAGCAUUGAUGGACUGUUCAUGGAUUUUGCCACACAAACAUACAACUUUGAGCCAGAACAGUUUUCCUCUGGGACAGUGCUGGCUGACCUAACCGCUGCCACCCCAGGGGGACUCCACGUGGAGCUCCACAGUGAGUGUGUGACCAGGAGACACAACAAAAGCAGCUCUGCCUUCACUUUCACUUGCAACAAAUUCUUCAGGAGGGAUGAGUUCCCCCUGCACUUCAAGAAUGUCCACACAGACAUUCAGUCAUGUCUCAAUGGCUGGUUCCAGCAUCGAUGCCCCCUCGCCUACUUGGGAUGUACAUUUGUUCAAAACCAUUUCCGUCCCCCAGGGCAAAAGGCAAAAGUAAUCUAUAGCCAGGAGCUCAAGACCUUUGCCAUUAAGCCGGAGGUUGCUCCAGAGCUGAGUGAGGGAAGAAAGAACAACCAUCUUUUGGGUCAUGGAGGAAAAAGCCAGAAUUCUUUAACCAGCCUGCCCCUGGAGAUUUUGAAGUACAUUGCUGGGUUCUUGGACAGCGUCAGCCUGGCCCAGCUCUCCCAGGUGUCUGUGCUGAUGAGGAAUAUCUGUGCCACUUUGUUACAAGAGAGAGGAAUGGUCCUUUUGCAAUGGAAGAAAAAGAGGUAUUCCCAUGGAGGCACCUCCUGGAGAGUCCACAGAGAGAUCUGGCAGUUCAGCAGCCUCUUCUCCAAAAUCAAGAGCUGGGAGUUUAAUGAAGUCACCUCCAUGUCUGAGCACCUGAAGUCCUGUCCUUUCAACAUUGUAGAGCACAAAACUGACCCGAUUCUUUUGACCAGCAUGUGUCAGCCCCGUGAGCAGGCCCGAGAGAGCUUAGUCUCCACCUUUAGAGUCAGACCACAAGGAAGAUACGUCUGCUAAAAAUUCAGAUGCCACUCGAUGCACCCUUCUUGGAUUUCUUCUUGGAGUUCCUGAAGUAGGACAGAGUGUGGUUUUGAGGACUCCCUUCUGUAAACUGCCUAUUUGCUUAUCAGGGUGUAUUGGAACAUGCAAUGUCCUUCAAAACCUCAACACAAGGCCUAAGAAUUUCCUAAGCCAUGUCUUGUACCAUAGUGCCACAUUGAUGACUUGUUUCCUUUUUUCUUUUCUUUUCUUUUUUCUUUCUUUCUAAAAUAGAUUGGUCUGAGAAGAAAAUAAGUAAUUUGAGGCCAUUUGAAAGAUGGGCCCAAUUUCUUAAGUGAUGAGAGAGCAUGAAAUUCCAUAACCAGUACAGGCCUGUGCUUUUACAUGGGCUUUUUAGUUCACAAAGCACUUUCAAAUUUAUGGGACAGGAAACGCAGGAUGGGCCUAAGGUGCAGAGAGUUACUCCCCAGGGAACACAGGGUGAAGGGAACAAAGCUGGAGGCUCUGGAGCUGGGUCUGUUCUGACGGUCAAGUCCAGGGCUCGUUUUGAUUAUUCUACUGCCUCUAGGCCAGGGUAGUCCUAACACAGCCUGACAUAGGAGAGCCCCUGGCUGAGCAUGGCAGCCUUGAAGACACCACAGGCCAAAAUAUGAGAGGCAGAAAUGGGAUCACAGAGUCUGUUGUUAGAAUCUUGGCAACAUACAGCAGGAAAGCCUUGAUAAAUGGGGAGUCCAAAGGAGACACCAUAUUUAUGGAGAACAUUAGGACAAAAAGUCACCAACUUACUUUGUAACAUUUUAAUAAUGACUUAAGGGUCAAGAUUUUUUUCUUCUGAAAAUUAUGUUCUGAGUUAGGCAGAACAUAGGCAUGGCCCUGGGCCACCCUGUGCUAUCUGAAAUGACCUCAAUACACUAAUGCCAACCUCAGCGUCAUGCCAGAAUGCACAGGGCAGCCCAGGGAGAUCACACCUUUGGCAAAGUCCAGACAAGGCCCACUGCAGUUCCUAUGGCGCCAGUCACCAGCUCCUAGACAGCACUUGGGUACCCCAUUGGGGUCUUGGAGAGGAAGACAUGUGAACAUAACGGCUCCCUGAAAUUGCUCCUACCCAUCCAUAUUUCUGGUCAUGCUUUCAGUCUGACAAAAAUGGAUGAUACUGCUGUUUUUGGUAACAAACAGUGAAUAUUCAUAAGAACAAAAGUAAAAGAAAAAAAGACACAGUAGAAACUGGCAUCCCCUAAAGCAGGGCUUCUUAGCCUUGGAACUAUUGACAUUUUUAAAUGGAUAAUUCUUUUUUUUUUUUUUUCUGGGUGGGGAGGGGAUGGAGUUCACUCUUGUUGCCCAGGCUGGAGCACAAUGACAUGAUCUCGGCUCACCACAACCUCCGCCUCCUGGGUUCAAGCGAUUCUCCUGCCUCAGCCCCCCGAGUAGCUGGGAUUACUCGCCUGGCUAAUUUUGUAUUUUUAGUAGAGACGGGGUUUCUCCAUGUUGUUGAGGCUGGUCUCAAACUCCCGACCUCAGGUGACUCGCCCGCCUUGGCCUUCCAAAGUGCUGGGAUUACAGGUGUGAGCCACUGCACCCUGCCUAAACUGGAUAAUUCUUUGUUGCAAGGGACUGUUCUGUGUACUACAGGAUACUUGGCAGCAUCCUUGGCCUAUCCAUUAAAUGCCAGUAGCACCCCCACAGUGGCAACAAUCAAAAAUGUCACCAGACAUUGCUAAAUGUCGGGGAACAAAAUGGCUCCCCGUUGAAAAUCCCUAAAGGAUGUCAUACUAGUGACAAUAAGUUAGGAUAUGCUUAUUUUUUAGUACAGCAAAAUCUUAUCGCACAUAGCUAUCCACAAUAGUUAUGAUUUAAUGCAGCUCUUUAUUUAUGAAAUAGGUUUUAGACGUGGUGAUUUUAAGCUGGGAACCAGAAGGAAACGAUUUGUUUGGUAUGGCUUCAUGUCCUUCAGCCACCCACAAGAAUGUAUCCUUUCAGCUCUCUUUGGUUAUACCUGAAGCCAGGAGCGUUGAGUUAUUAGCCUUGUGUUUAUAUUCCUCUCACUGUAAUUGGUGUUAUUUUCCCAGGAGUCCUAGCAGUCCUCAAGCAAGUGGGAAAUAGGAAAAGAAAAGGACAGGCAUUGCAGGGAAGCAGAGGAUAAAGAAUUUAGCCGACAAAAGAAACAAUCUAGUCAAUCUGGGUGCUUUUAUUUCCUGGGUUCUCUCUAAACAUGGCUCAGAGCUGGUGUAGAUGAAGUAGGUGAAACCUC